GUCAUUAGUGUAAAGGGGCCGAUUACAAUUUUGCAACAUUACAUUAUAAACAUAAAUCUUACAGGACAGAUACUGUAUCCUGUAUUCAAAUUUGGAAAUACUGUAGAUUUUUUUCUGCAUUAAGAAGAUGGAUUGUUAAAGCUUACAUGCUUACCAAAGUAAAAAUUCCUGUGCUUUUUUAAAAGUAAAAUACUGAAGUGGCACCAGCACUUGAACAACUUGUUAACUACCCCAAAGGAGGGUGUCACCAGUCCCCAUAAUUGGCCCCAAAUGCACCAAGAAGUUAUCAGUUGCAACAGGAAGGCUGUACAUCAAACUUAGACAUGUAACUCUAAAACCCGCAUGAGGAAAUCAACACAUAACGGAGAAAACAGAAGUAGCGCUUGACAACACCAGGAUGGAAGUAGCAUUUUGAUACUCAAUCCUCAAACUGCCAAAUUCUCUGAAAAAUGUGUGUUUGCAUCGACAAACCAGAAUAACCAGCUUUGAACCACUGCGUACCUUCUCAAAAACUGAACACAGACAGCAGUGAAGCUGCAAUGCCUGGUCAUGUUGGAGGAGGACAAAGCAAGUGAGGAUAGGAGCGCUAACAUUACCAUGUUAUACAACAAUGAAUUUUACACUGCCAUUAUGGACGAAGACCUGAGAUGUAUCGAAGACAUGUCAAAAAAGUACGGCAGCAACUUUCUCAUCAAGAUAAAGGAUGGCGCACCUGGAAAAGUUUUCCUGAAGGGGCUUGCCAUCCUCCCCCUUCAUCUGGCUGCUUCUUACAGAAGAGUACAGAGCAUGCAGAGCCUGAUGUCAGCAGGGGCAGACCCUGAAAUUAGGGACCAGCUGGGUCGAACCACACUGCACUUGCUGAUAUCCGCUUGGCCGAGCAUCCUGACUACUUGGCUAAAACCGGGUUCCAAGCUCCAGACUGCUGCGAUCGGCGUGUGUGGGCAGGCAGAGGCCUGUCUACGGCUCCUCUGUGAGCACGGAGUUAACAUCAGUGCAGAGGUGGAGGGAGAGAGCCACCAGACAGCUCUCCACCUAUCAGUAAGCUACGCGGCUCUGUCUGCUGUCCAGAUUCUGGCCAGCUACGGUGCUGAUGUUAAUGCUGUGGACAGCAGUGGGAUGACGCCACUGCACAUGGCCGCUGGGAUCCUGCAUAAGGAUAUUAUAGCCAUCUUGAUCAGGCAGGGAGCAGAUAUCAACAUGGGAGUGAAGCACUCUGGGAAUACUCCUCUGCACCUGGCUGUCGUGGCAAUGGCUAUGAAGACCAGUAAAACCCUGGAAGAAGACAUUAGCUGCAUCUCUGAGCUGCUAGAAGGGGGCGCUGAGCCAGACGCAGUGAACAAAGCCGGAAUGACGCCUUUACAGGAAGCGUGCAGCAUGGGCAACAAGGAACUUGUGGACCUGCUGCUGAGGUACGGCGCAAACAUCAAUAAGCUGAGCAGAUCAGGGGAGAACUGUCUGUUCCUGUUCCUAAACCACAGGCCUAACAUAAGGAACAGCUCUCUGCUGGUGAAACUACUCAGCCUGACGUCCCCGCUCACAGUCUACAACCAAAAAGGCCACCUGCCCUCAGCCUUGACACUACCAUGUUUCUUCAAACAGAGAGACCAGCUAUUAAAACUCAGCCAACAGCCAAGGAGGCUUCAGGACAUUUGCAAGAGUGAUAUUUAUCUAAAACAUAUCCGAGGCAAGAGAGAAGAGUUGAGAAAAAUACUGCCUGAGAGGCUGUAUGACUUUACAUUCAAUUACUGGGAGAAUAUACAUAACAUCUCCUUUAUGACAGACGGUGAAAUGGAUUCUUUUAAUAGUGUUUUUAAUAUCACUUCUAGUUGACACAUGUGUCGAUGUACACUGCAAAGGCUUGCUUUAAGCUACAGAAAUCUCACACAUACAAUGUGCCAAACAUAUGCUAAUAAAAUCAAAUCUAUU